AUGGGGGAUCCCCCAGAGGGAGUUCAGAGGAACUCCUGGGUGUCUCAGAGGCUGAGUUGGUUGGGCAGCAUAGCUCAAUGGGGCAACAGCUCUUCUCAGCAGCAGCAGCAGCAGCAGCAGCUGCAGCUGCAGCUGCAGCAGCAGCAACUGCUGCUGCAACAGCAGCUCGUGCAGCAGCAGCUGCAGAAAACGCUGCGCCCCCAAACCCUCUUACCCCAGGGGGCCCCCGGGGGGCCCCCCAGUGAAACUGCACCCUAUUUGUCUUGGCCACUGGGCAGCAGCGAUUCAGUUUCAAAGUCUUCAAGUCCAACAGCAGCAGUAGCAGCACCAGCAGCAGCAGCACCGGCAGCAGCAGCAACAGCAGCAGCAGCAGCAGGCAAGCAGCAGCAGCGCCGCAGCACGGUGAGGGUGGGGGGCAAAGGCCGCGCUGAUGAGGGUUUAGGGUUUGAGGGUUUUGGGGUUUCGGAAAUGAAAAACAUUCACAAGUUUGUGUUGGACUUGAACAAGAAAGCAGCAGCAAAGCAGCACGAGACGCAGCAGCAGCAACAGCAGCAAACAGCUCCGCAGCAGCAGCAGCAGCAGCAGCAGCAGAAGCCGCACUUCUUUAACAGCCACCCUUGUGGGGUUUUAGUCUUCGGACAUCUGCCUGAAACAGAGCCCGAGAUUUCCGUCUCUGAGUCCCCCGUCAUGACAACAAUUCGGGAGUCUAUGGAGGCUCCUCUCUGUCCCUCCAUAGAACUCGACUGCUUCUUCAUGGCUGCUGUUGCUGCUGCUUGUCUCCGCCGCAAAGAAGAUGAAAAGUAUAAUGAAACAAUUAUGAUGAGCCAUGUGCUGCAGGGGCGGGACCUGACGGAGUACGAGUGGCCUUCUUUGCGGCGAUCUUUCGAGUCCGUUUUGUCUUCUUUUGCUUCUCAAUUUAAAAGAUUAAAUGAAAUGCUGGAGGAGACAAUGAGCGGCAAACAAACGCCUUUGAAAAAAGCCAUGCGCCGCGAGAUCGAACUCCAAAAGCUGGAGGUGCGGGAGUGUUUGCUGCGGCGAAGUCGCCGCUGGGUGUGUGGGGGCCCCCGCAGCAGCACUUGUGCUGCGCUGCAGCUAGCUAGCUGUUUCUAUGAAUGGCUAGCUGGCAGCACUUUCCGGACUUUGGCUAGCUUCGCCCACGGAGUUCCCGCCUACCAGUGCGAACAGCUAGCUAGCCAGCACCUCCUCGCCGCGUUCCAGCUAGCCAAGCAACGUCUGCCUGCGCACCACGCGCUGCGGCUGGAAGCAGCAGCAAGCUACAGUAGUUUGCUGCAGCAGCAAAUGGGGCAGCAGCAAGAGGCGCUGCAGCUAGCCAGAGAAGCUUUUAGAGAAGCUGCUGCAGCACUUGAGGACUUGGAAGAAAAAGAAUUCAAAGCAGCAGUUCAGGGUCUUCGGGGUUUGCUGCGGCUCAUCAACUGGGCGUCUUAG